UCACCGGAGCAUUAACCGCGAUGGGCUGUCAACAAAGAAGAUGGCGCCGGUCUCAACUUAGCUAAACUCCACUCGACGUUACAAAUGAAAGGUGAAACCUUGCGUCGGUUUUAAAGAAGGUCGUCAGAGCUGCUGGAGGCUGAACACGGAGCUGCAGUCAUGGUGCUGAAGAUCUUCUUCCCGCAGUGCUGUAACCGGGCGGACAGCGGGCUGCUGGUGGGCCGCUGGAUCUCCGGCCACGACUCUGCCGUGGUGUUGGCGGUCAUCCACUACCCGUUUAUCCCCGGACAAGUCAAACAGUAUGUCCAGCAGAUGCAGGCCCACAGUGGGGUGGAGCUGUCAGUGCUGGGAUCGUGGAGUUUACCCAAAGACGGUCAGGAGGGCAUGGAGAGCUUCCUCAGAGACCUCAGCACCAUCUUCCCCCAGAAACACUGGCUGCAGAUCAACCGUGAGAUUGGCAAGACAGGCUUCACCUGCCAGGUCCUCAACCGGGAUCAGAAUGGAGGAGCAGCUCAGCAGGACGCUAAGAAGACAAAGAAGGAGAAGGUUGAGGAAGCUGAUGGAGAGGCUGCAGGUGAUGAAGAAGAGGAGCAGGAGGUGAUCUUCGUCCACUAUGAGCAGAGGAAGGUGAUGUUGUCGCAGCUUCACCCCAUUGAGAACGGAGUUCCCGACCCCAAAACUGAUCCACCAUCUGAGCUCAGACAGAUGUUCCACACUGUGGCCCACAGCCAGCCUCUGUUCUUCCUUGACAAGUACGACGACGGGCCGCUGAAGUCGACACACUGGCAGUCUGAAGGUCGAGAGGCCAGCAUCAUCGUGGAGCUGCUCAAACAGGCCUCCGUACCGCUCUGCCUGCUCAUCGGCUGGCUGCUCUCCAUAUGGACCUGGAUCUGUAACAUGCGGAUCUUCAGUCUUUACCCGCUGCGCUUCCUGUCCAGUAAGCUGUCCACCUGUGUCCAGCUCAGCUACAGAACCGAACACAUGAGGGCGCUAAGCUCGCCAAAACCAGCCGCCGGACACACGCAGUUCAUGAGGAAAGCCAACAUCGUGGUCUCGUUCCUGGUGGACGUAGCUCUCGGCAUGUUGCUCAUCUCGUGGCUCUACAGAGACGACCACAUCAGCAUGUUGGCCAACACACUGGUGCCUGCCGCUGAUCAUGUGGCUAAAGAGCUGGAGGAGCUGCUGCAGUGGCUGAUGGGAGCUCCUGCGGGGCUGAAGAUGAACCGGGCCCUGGACCAGGUUCUGGGCCGCUUCUUCCUCUACCACAUUCACCUCUGGAUCAGCUACAUCCACCUGAUGUCUCCCUUCAUGGAGGGGAUCCUGUGGUACGGAGGCCUGUCAGCCUGCCUGGGCCUGACCUUCGCCCUCUCGCUGCUCUCUGACAUGGUCGCCCUGCUCACCUUCCACAUCUACUGCUUCUACGUCUACGGCGCCAGGCUCUACUGUCUGAAGAUCUACGGCCUCUCAUCUCUCUGGAGGCUCUUCAGAGGGAAGAAGUGGAACGUCCUGCGGCAGAGGGUUGACUCCUGCUCCUAUGACGUGGACCAGCUCUUCAUUGGAACACUGCUGUUCACCAUCCUGCUAUUCCUGCUCCCUACCACGGCGCUCUACUACCUGGUCUUUACUCUGUUGCGGCUGGUGGUGGUGCUGUUCCAGGGCGUCCUCCACCUCAGCGUGGACUUCAUUAACUCCUUCCCGUUGUUCGCCAUGGGCCUCCGCAUCUUUCGGUCCUACAGACUGGCAGAGGGUGUGAAGUUCAGGGUGCUGUGUGAGGAGCCUGGGACGGCCCUUCACCUGCUGAUGGAGAUUAACCCUCUUAAGUGCAGCGCUGUGGUUCAGACCUACCGCACCCCGACUUACAGCUGCUACCCCAAAGACUCGUGGGCGGCCCUGGUCAAGAAGCUGUUUGUCGGGGAGCUGAUUUACCCCUGGAGACACAAAACCACCAAGACUGACUGAGAGCGACAUCAGCCAGAAAUGUGAGAGGGAAAGAAAAAGAUGGGAAGGGACUGAAUAGGUAACGAGAUGGAAACAGACAGAUGGGAGGGAAAGAGGGGAAAUGGGAGGGAAACAAGGGUGAGUUUGGUACGAAGCCCUUUGAGUCACGCUGCUUUCAUGUUGGAUGAACGAAGAACGUCGCAGAAAGUACGUUGUAACAAAACUGAAGCUGCCAAGUCAGUUGUUUUCUGAUGAACAACAAAAGUAAGAACGCGUCUUAGAGCAGCAACAAACAUGGCGAUGUCUGCCACAAAACUAAGAACCAGCUGCUAUAGGAACUGUGAUCAUAACAUUACUUUCAGUACAUAAUGAAAAUCCUUUAUUUUAAUAACUUUAUCAAGGUGAAUAUCCUUCCCUUGUGCUGACAACAGGUGUUUUUUCUUUUUGUUGUUGAGGUCAAAAAUUUAUUCAAAUAAGAGAACUUGGACUCCAUCUUUACACACAAGCAGCUGAAAGGUGAGGUGAACAGUAAUGUACUUAAUCCCGCUGUGUUGCCCAUACAGAAACAACGCUAAAGGACCAAAACCAUGCUUAAUGUGGAAUUUGAGAUUUGAAAAUGACACCACACUUUGACAUUUAUUUUUUUAGCCUCCUGACCUUGUUUUUCCCUAUAAAUCAAUGAAAUCUUCACUGUUUUGUAUGACUAGCAAACAUACACGUGUUAGUUCAUGUACUGUAGUUCAGACACUGGAAAUAUCCGCUUCGUUUCAUCAGCCGUGAAACACAACAACAAACGUGUGGAUUGUAUGUUGUUGUUGUUGUUGUUGUUGGGUAUGAUGCUGCUGCUCCACUGGCUCAUGUGACUCUUAAACAGCACAUCCCAAUUCCCACUGUCCUAUAGAUCAUUCCUUAUUCACCAACAGACACCACUUUGACCUGAGACACAUUACUGUUCUUAUAUAUGUGCUCAUGUGCUCUCAUAUAUGCCGCAUGAAAACAGCAUAUAUCACUCCCCACAUGGUCUAUGUUGGUGGCAGUAAUGACAUGUACAUAGUCAACAUAAUGCCAGCAUCUUUUCAUUCAUGCUCCCCGUAAAAUAAACUCUUCCUAUUUUGGACACUCCAUAAGCUUUCCCGUAACAUUAUGUUGACACCUUUAUGCUCCCCGUAUUUAGCGUGAAAAUUAAAUUUGACCUUGGAGACAGUAGUUUAAAGAACGAUCUUAACUCAAGCUCCACUACAUAGCCUUUUUUUAAAAUCAGGUGAUUGUGUAUUAACUGCACUGACCAUGUAGAUAGUUUUGUAGAAUUUAUAUUAUUUAAGUAUUAGUAAGCAUCUACUUAAAAUAUUAACUGGACAAACUAAAUGUUUUUAUUUCUUAAGUUAAUUAAUUAUUUCUUAAUCAUUUUUUUAAUUAUGAGUUUAAGGUAAAAAUGUAAUAAUUUGUGGGGGGUUUUCCAGGUUACUCUGUUGCCAUAUUUUCUCCCUAAAGUAGAUAUAUUUAUCUCUUGAGAGUCAGUCAGAGGGAGAUGAACAGUCAUGUGUUACUGUUGUCGUGUAAAGCAAAUCCUUACAAGUCGGGGUCAGUUUGUCAGCAUGCCCUUUUUAUUAAUGUGCCUAUUGAUGUUAAUUAAAUGUUGUCCCAGAAUUCCUUGCAACAAUCAACCUGGACCAGUUUUCACCUUUCAGUGCUAAGCGAUGCUAAACACAUUGUGGCCAAACUCUGCUGGCAAAGAUGAAACUUUUAUAAACUUUAGGCAGCAAGAAAGAUGAUUUCCCAAAAUGUUUCAUUAAUGUGAAUUAUUGUUUUAUUUGACCUAAAUCUGUAGACUUUGUUCCUUAGCAUCCUGAGCACUGAUUUGUCAUUUCUAAUACUUAAGAAUGAAAAUUUACCAAUUUAUUUUGUUAAUAUCUUAUUUUAUCAUCCCCUGUUAAUCUGUUCUAAAUGUUCCAUUUAAUAAAAUUCAAACGUAUUUAACAUA